ACCAUAACCCACCCAACCGGUUCCAUACCAUCCUCAACAUCUUCUCUUUCUUUCUCUCUCUUUCACUGUUUGUUUAUUCAGAAAAUUUUCGUGCAACGCAUGUCCUCUCAGAUAGUCCAUGUCGAUUUUCCAAUCUCAAUGCCUGCCAAUGGGAAAGUGAUCAAAUCUCUACAUGUGGUGUCGUAAGUUGGACUUUGGUGUUAUGAUUUCUAUAUCUUUCCCUUUUAAGGGGUCGACAUGGAUGAUAUGAGACGUUCCCCUAAGAUAUAGAGAGAUAAAGGCUUUUGUUUGAACCAUGUGUCUACGAGGUGGGAAACUAGUUGAGGCCGAUUUCAUUUCAAUUUGAACUUUGAGGAGCUGCUUGAAACUGACUUCUGCCUUUGUUGCUAAUAAUCUGGACAUAAAAUGGAUGAUGGUCGGCAACACGAAAAUGGGAGACAUAAACUGGAUUAUUACAGAGGACCGCACUCUCCGUGGAAUAUGAUGUCCCAGCAUCAAGUAAAAGAACCAAAUGCCUUGGUCAUGAAUAAGAAGAUCAUGUCCAUUAUUGCUGAGAGGGAUGCUGCAAUUCGGGAAAGGAAUGCAGCGCUAUCAGAAAAGAAUGAAGCCUUGGCUGCACGGGAUGAGGCACUUCGGCAGCGAGAUGAGGCAUUUGCUCAGCGGGAUACUGCCCUAAUGGAACGAGACAAUGCCCUUGCAGCCCUUCAAGUCAGAGAUAAUGGCAUUAACUUUCCAUUGGGUGGUGGAAUUCAGCGAGGAUCAAAGCGUAUGCAUCACCCCUCAAACCAUAUGGUUAAUAUGGCCGAAGCUCCUUACAGCACGAAGGAUGCACAAAUAACUGAUGCCUUCCCAAUAACCGUGAUAGCUUCUGAAGCUGUCAAGUCACAUCAGGCUAAGCGAACAAAGGAGAACAAGGCUGUUUCAUCUAAGACAUCAAAGUCUCCGCGAAAACCAAAGAAAGUAGGUGAGGAUUUGAAUAGGCAGGCUGCUUCUGAUGGUAUUAAGUAUAGAUCUGAGUGGGAUAGUCAGGACCUGGGCUUGAACCUAGUUACUUUUGAUGAGUCUACCAUGCCAGUGCCAGUUUGCACUUGCACUGGAGUCCCCCGACAAUGCUACAAAUGGGGGAAUGGUGGAUGGCAGUCAUCUUGUUGUACAACCAGGAUGUCAAUGUAUCCACUACCUCAGAUGCCAAAUAAGCGCCAUGCCAGAGUGGGUGGCCGAAAAAUGAGUGGAAGUGUCUUUACAAGAUUGCUCAGCCGGCUGGCAGCAGAAGGCCAUGAUCUAUCUCUACCAUUGGAUCUCAAGGACUACUGGGCCAGACAUGGAACAAAUCGCUACAUCACCAUCAAGUAGCUUAGGAACCAAUAUUUGGGAUGGAGUACGUGUUCCUUUUUGGCCUCUCUAUCAUAUCUUAAAUUUGGCUGAUAUCUUCAUUAGCAAAUAUUGCUGAACUGAAUGAUGACAAAGAUUAAGCAUUGGUAGAAGGUGUUUCCAUGACCCUUUUGUUGAUAUAUUGUAAUUAGACUCGAGUUCUACUUCUAUCCCAAUAGAGAUGAGUUAUUUGUUAGGAACCGGAGUUUGUACCUGUUGUAGUUCUAGGUGGUCAGGCUAAAAGGGCUUGCUUUUGCAGAAUUACCAAUAUUCCACGUGUGUGGAUUUGGGUGUCUGUAGGCCAACCGAUGUUCUUCUCGCCAAAAUUCAUCUCUUCCCUUUCCAGAGAGCUGUCUUUUCUGCAAAAAGACCCCCCAAAAAAAGGGAGGAAAUAAAUAGAACUGAAGAUUGGCCCAUCAA